UGGGAGCCACAUGUCAGCGGCAGCUGUAUAAAAGUCAGCCCAGCAAACCGAGGGUGACUUUUUUCUUUUUUGCCAGAAGCCGGGCAGUAUGGACCUCACUCUUCUGUGGGUGCUUCUGCCACUGGUGACCACAGCCUGGGGCCAGUAUGGUGACUACGGGUACCCAUACCAACAGUACCAGGACUACAGUGAUGAUGGAUGGGUAAAUCUGAACCGGCAAGGCUUCAGCUUCCAGUGUCCCCACGGGCAAGUGGUGGUAGCUGUGAGGAGCAUCUUUAACAAGAAGGAAGGCUCUGACAGACAAUGGAACUAUGCCUGCAUGCCCACACCCCAAAGCCUCGGGGAGCCCACUGAGUGCUGGUGGGAGGAGAUCAACAGGGCUGGCAUGGAAUGGUACCAGAAGUGCUCUAACAACGGAUUGGUGGCGGGUUUCCAGAGCCGUUACUUCGAGUCAGUGCUGGAUCGAGAGUGGCAAUUUUACUGCUGCCGAUAUAGCAAGAGGUGUCCAUAUUCCUGCUGGAUGACAACAGAGUACCCAGGCCACUAUGGUGAAGACAUGGACAUGAUUUCCUAUGACUAUGAUUUCUACAUGCGAGGAGCAACAACCACUUUCUCUGCAGUGGAAAGGGAUCGCCAGUGGAAGUUCAUAAUGUGCCGGAUGACUGACUAUGACUGCGAAUUCGAAAACGUUUAGAUUCGCCAUGAACAGAAGUCCGGGUGAAAAGCAAGGGGCCAGGUGUCCUGAGGGUAUCAUAUCAUAUAUGCUAAUAUUGAUUAGAACAUCUGUACUUCUUUCUUUUGCUCUCUUCCCUGGGAUGGGAACUAUGGUGUCAGGUGCCUAGGCCUUUCUCGUUAUGAUCACACAUAUAAAUAAACCCACAAUUAAGCCAUGUUUCUCCCUUUCAACACAUUCCAAGACAACCAUCUCCAGUUGCUAAUGACAGCUUCCUUGCACAGCACAUGUACAGAGCCUGCAUGCUUUUAGCCUGCCUCCCGGAGCACCUGUCACAACCUGGCUGCAGCUCAGAUUACUAUAACUAGAGCUUCAGAUUCAGCUUAGUGAACUUGGAGAGAGAGAAAGAAAACUCGAGAGAGGUAGGAUAAAUGUUCUCUAGUUCUCUAUAGCUCAGUCUGUUUGAGUGACAACACCCAGAGUGACAACACCUGUGGUGGUGGUGGUGGUGGUGUGGGGCACUCUCUGUCUUGAGGGAAUAUGUACCUACUCUCUCCCUUCACAAGAGCCACAUAUACUUAGAAGUUCAAGUAAAGAUCUAUAUACUUCAGUAGAGAGGGGACUUGGAGGUGAAAGGGGAAGGUGGGAGGGCUUGAGCUGAAAGACUUUAGACUGAAGGAACUUCCUCUAUUCAAAGACAUAUGUCAGCAGACCCAGCAAAGAGAGUGAAUAUGAGGCCCAGGAAAACCUGUGUGAAUCAGUCUCAAGACAAAAACAGUGAAAGAAAGAUGAGCAGAUGAGACUCAGAUUGGGGACCUGGGGAGACAAGGGUGGCCAAGGGAGAAGGGAACUUGGGUUAUCAGCAGCUUGAGACAUACACAGUAUGAAGACUGCUAUAUCCCAGAAGCCAUAGGGAUGCUGCUUGCACCUCUCUGGAUUGGUCCUGAAGGAUCCUCCUCCCUUUCCCAUGGAGCUUGGAAGUGUAUUCUACAGAAAUGACACCAUCUUUUUUCCUCCUAUAAUAUCUCUGUCUCUAGCCAUUUGUACCUUCUUCUUUAAAAAGAAAUAAAAAUAUCAAUAUUCAAUGUGC